AUGCCCUCGUCAUCCUCAUACGAAUGCGACGGCUGUGGCCACCACGCCUCCUUCCACACCAUGGAGAACAAGACCGAAGACGAGAUAAGGAAGCGCUGGGAGGUCGAGGCGAAGGAGCGCAACGAACAAGAAGCGCAGCAGCCGCGGCCCAAGAAACGGGUCAGGGCGAUUGAGUACAACAAUGAGGAAGGGGUGGAGGACAUCUUCAACGAGCUCUUGCUGCAAGAAGCUAGGACCAAGAAGGCUGCGCCCAAGAAGAAGACAGGGAGGGCUGCGGGGACUAGGGCGAAGGGCAAGAUUAGUGAGAUUCUGGACGACGAUGUGGUGGAGUUGGACUGA